UACCAAACAUUAUGAAUUAGUCUCAUCAACAGUGAUGUUAGGGGUCUUGUUUGUUACCCUACAAAGAAAGCUGAGAUUAUUCAAUACUGGCGGUUGAUGUUGUAACGUGUACGCUAGCCGCUAGGUAUAUCCUUAGCAGUUAGUUCACUGCUAUGUGUGAGUUACAGACUACAGUGUUAACUAAGUAAUUGUCCUUUGGUUUUUCAUUAGACAAUUGAUAGAUUAUUCAAUACUGAUUCUCAAGCGUAUAUUGGGACGAAGUCAAAUCUUUCAAAUUUUAUAAUUGAGCGGCUAUCCGCCCCAUAUGAAGCCCAACCUAUUACUGGUAGCUACAGACCUUACAAAAUUCAUACUCCACAAUUCCUAAUUCCUAAAAAGUAAGUAAAAAAAAAAAAAAAAAAAAAAAGAAAGCAAGAAAAUGGAGGGCGCUGGUUGGGAGCAAAAAAUACAAGCUUUAACACACAUCUUAAUCAACCCAACAACAAAACCAUCUCUCCAUUCUCAAAUGUUGAUAUCCACCCAAAUCCCCUGCUACCUUAACUGGGAUUACCCACCUCUCCUUUGCCCAGAAUCCCUAAAAGACCCAAUUUUCAACCUAAGAUGGAAUCUGUGUCUCUUCCUGAAAAGGGCUUCCAGAUUUGGAGCUCCCUUGACCUCUUGGAGGUCAAAGUGUCCUUAUUAUCAACCCCCACCUCUUAUUUUUGCUAAUGGAGUUGAAGAAGCUAAAUGGGAUGAUGAAGGGAAAAGACUGUAUAUUAGGAAGAGAUUAUCAAGGAAAAAACUUGUUAGUGAAGUUAAUCCUUUGAUUCCUGUUCUGCUUCCUAAUCUUCUCUUGUUGUCUUCCCUCUUUUGGAAUCCUUUUCCUGAGUAUGAUUGAUUCCGUUAUCCAGCUUCUAAAAGCUUUUGGAUUUUCUUGUGUGGUGGACGAAUGCGUCGCUAGGUUGAGGUGAUAGUACAAGAGGGGCCAGUUCUCUCACAAGAAUUUGUGUAAUACUUAUGCCCUAAAGAAACAUGCAAUAAAGUUGUCCUUUGCAAUUUAUUUUAGUUUAUUUCGAUUCAAAUUAUUUAUUUUUAUUUUAGCCUCGAACUUUUAUCUAUCAUAAUAUUUUUUGUUUA